AUGCUCAAUAAUAACAACAUCACGAGCGUGGCGGCCGGGGGGCCCUUUAAGCCCCUCGCUUGGCCCCGAACAUUUGGGUCUUUUCCACAAAACAUUGUUCAACUUCCCGAUGACGUGUUGAGGCCCGGUCCCUGGAGAGCCCGGGUCGUCACAACUGCUGCAAAAACCCUCCUGAUAUCUCCUUUUGACCAAAACAAGGGCCCUUUCCCUUUAGCAAAAAAACAACAUCAGGAGUUUCCCAAUACCCUGGGGCGCCCCGACCACCCCCCUCACGCUUCUCUACAAAAAAAACCCGCCCCGGAGAUCUCCGCCUCGGCCAUCCUCAACUGCCGGGGCUCAGCACACUCUACAUCGACACCAUACCGUUGGGGAGCGGACGCGCAGGAGGCAGAGGGAUCUGGGCAAAGUCCUGGUUUUUGGGACCGACCCGACGGCCUCACCAAUCAUCCCCGGAGGGCUGCCCUUCGCCUUCCCCGACGUGCUCGGGGUAUGCGUGUUCGGGAGCCCUUUUUCAGCGGCGACUGGGGGAAAAUAGCCUUUGCCCCCCAGUGGGGCCCAGAUGCCAAUUACCCCUCGGAGGAACCUCUGAAAACUGCCUUUACCUUGACAAAUCUCUUUCGCUUUAUCAUGGUGCGUGUACAGAAGCAAAGAAUGUUAUCUGUCAGCAUUAAGGAACCGAAUUUCUUCUACAACUAA